CUCCUUUUCAACACCUAUAAAAUCUAGAUAAUACACACAAACGCACACUGUUCAUCAUCAUUAGACGAUAUUCAAUGAGAAGAGAUCAUGACGACGAGAUCGAAAUCGCUUCCAAUUAGGUCUUCGCGCGAUCCCUAUCUAUCCCUUCCGGAGGAAGCUAAUCAAAGAGAUGGCACUGGCAAAGGCAUUGAAAGUGGUGAUGAUGCUGAUGUUGAGAUUGUUACAGAUACUUUUGAUGGAAAGAAGAAGCGUCGUCACUGUCUUGGGACAAGUGGGACUGAUAGAGGAGGAGGAUCUCACCGGGAGGCUUGUUGCAUCGUAUGUGAAAUUUCAGAUGAAUCUGUGUCAAAGUGUUCUGGCGCUGACUGUCUUCUCUGGUUUCACGAGGAGUGUUUGAACGCUGAGUUCGGUAGUGGUUGUGGUUGUGGUGGUGGUGAGGAUUUAUACUGCCCUUAUUGCUGGUUUCGAAUUCUAGCAGUGAAGUCUGUACGGUUGAAAGAGAAGGCUGUUGAGGCGGAUAUGGCGGUGUUCAAGUAUCUAGACGAAGAGAUGGAGAACAGGGGCGAGAGUGUUCCAAAAGAAGGUCGAGAGGAUUCAGUUGAUACCACAGACAUUGUAAGUGAUCAAGAGUUAGAAGGAGAGAGACAAAGGCAUACUGAUGAAUCAAGAGGAGGUGAAGAAGACAUGGAACUGAUUGAACCAGAGGAUAAUUUUGAAGUGAACGUAGAUAAAGCGGUAGAUGACAAUGAGAAGGUAGCAGCUACAGAAAACUUUCAAGACGCUGAGGAUGAGGAAACAGCUGGAGAUAGAAGAACUAAAGCCAAUGCGGGGGGUGCAGGGAAAGAGAGAGAUUUUUCACCGUUUUUGUCUGUGCAAGAAUCGUUUUCUGGAAAAGAACAAGAUCAAGUCCAACAGAGCGAGAAGCGAAGAAGAAAAAGACGCCUGAUAUUGAAUGCUUUCGAUAGUGACGUCUCAUCAAAUGGAUCAACUAACGAACCAAAUGGAGAAGAUGCCGCUGAGAAAAUGACUUCGUUGGCUUUAGUAGUAACCUCUCCGUCAGGGAGGAUGACGAAGAACCAGCAGAGAGAAGAUAGCAGAACAACCAAAGUGGAUAACUCAAAAACAACAACAGUGAGGGACAUUCCGAUAUUUAAGAUGGAACAUAAAAGGAGGCUAUUGUGGACGCCUGAAGAAGAAUACAUGCUGAAGGUGGGAGUGGAGAAAUUUGCAGCGGAAGCAAAGAAGAACAUGCCUUGGAGGAAAAUUCUGGAAAUGGGACAGAAGGUGUUCCACGAAACACGUACUCCAACUGAUCUAAAAGACAAAUGGAGGAAUAUGACUGGUGCAAGACAAAAGAACAAACAAGACAGCACAUCAGUCUCUGGUAUGUAAACCGAUAACUGGUAACUCCAAUUAGAAGAUGGUUGAAGUAAGGCUUAGUUAAGAGGAAGAAAUGGGCGUUGAGCUGUGUAUAGACAAAAAAAAAACAAGAUAUGGUUUCUACGUUAAGACCUCCUUAGUCAUUUGUUCUUGAAUGCCAUUAGUGAAGAAAGUUAAAAUUUAGACCCCU